AUGCAGCUAGCUGCAUCACAGCAAGGGCUCGUCCCGACGCUCUUUGGCGUUCCCAGUUGUUGGCAGAAAGACGUUCACUUUAGCUUCGAUGCUGCCCACAAGUUUGCGAAGGGGGAGGUUGUUCUGAUACACGUGUACAACACCAGGAGUCAGCUGACUGGGGAGAGGAAGAAGAACGAAUAUGACAAACCGCAUCCGAAAGAUCACCCGCAGGCAGAGCAUGUCUCCCUGACAUUGGAGUUUGCCAGGAUAUCACAGGUCAAUCAAGAGAAACAAUCGUACGAUCUGAUCACAACACCUGAAGCGAUCAUGCAUGCGAUGAUUCUAGCACAUGGGCGCCUCUACCUCACGCCUGAAGAAGUGAAAGUCCCUGCUCGCGAUACCGUGAUUCUUAUGUCUUGUUGCCGCGCAGGGGAUGGAGGAAAGAGCAGUCCGUCGCAGAAGGGACAUCUCGUUGCUGCAAGCUGUAAGAUGAUGAUGUUGAGGUCUCAAUGGUUGAGCAACUGA